AGAGGAUUAAAAUUUCAACAACAAGGGGAUUUGGGGAGAGAGAACUCCUUCAGUCCUACCUUGUCUUCCAUUUUUCACAAAUCGCAAGCAAAGCCCCACACCAAAAUCCACCCACGAAGGCCGAAGACGACGAGGCAAGGCAACGUCGGUGUUGUGAGGGGGACACACACAAACACUCGACCUUCGAGAGAUUUCCGAGCGGCAGCAAUGGAUCUCUGGGAGAGGGCGCGGGCCUUCGCCGGGGAGGCGGCGAAGCGGUCGCAGGAGCUGUCGGCGGAGGCGGCCAAGCGCUCGUCGGCGCUGGUGUCGGAGACGGCGAAGAAGUCCAAGGAGAUCUUCUCGGAGACCGCGACCAAGUCGCGGGAGAUCGCGGCCGAGGCCACCAAGCAGGCCGACCUCCUCGCCGGCCAGAUCAAGCGCCUCUCCACCGACCUCCCCGUCCCCUCCAUCCCCGCGAUCCCGCCCAUCCCCACCGCCGUCGCGCCGGAGCCGGACGCCGCGGAGCUCGAGCGCUACGGCAUCACCGAAGACCUCCGCGAGUUCGUCAAGGGCAUGACUAUCAGCACCUUCCGCGACUUCCCCUUGCAAGAUGAGCCGGAGAUGUCGGAUGUGCCCACGGUAUCGAACGUGCGUCAGGAUCUGAAUGAGUGGCAGGCCAGGCACGCCACUCUCGUCCUCUCCGCCGUCAAGGAAAUUUCAAAGUUCAGAUAUGAGUUGUGUCCACGAUACAUGAAAGAGCGUAAAUUCUGGAGGGUUUAUUUCUUGCUAGUAAACAACUACACAUCCCUCUAUGAGAACAAAUAUUUUGAGGAGCUGAAAGUAAAAGCAGAGGAGGAAAAAAUGGAUGCCAAGAAGGAAGUAACAGAGACCUCACAAGCUACAACUGCAGAACAUAAAGACAUGAAGGUGCAAAGCAAGACUUCAACUUCAACAAAUCCAGAGCAUGAUUUGGAUGUUUUCCUUCUGGGAGAUCUAGGCAGUGAUGAUGAGGGUCCUGAUGGUGAUGAUGAUGGGUUAGAUGAUGACUUCGAUAAGAUAGAUGGCACUUCAGGCUUAGAGAGUGAUGAUGAUGAUGACAAGGAAAAAGCAGCAGGCAAGGCAGAAAGUGCAAAGGAGUAGCUUGCAGAGCUGGUGAUCAAUAUGAUAUGAAGUGCUUUCCCAGAUCUACACAUGCUUAUCAUGACAACGAAGGCUCUAGCACGCAGCUUACUGCACUAGUCCAGCUGCUAUUGUAUAAUAGAUGGUUGCAUCUAUCCAUUCAUUUUUCUCCCACUGAAGCAAUGCUGCUUUCGUUGUUGCAUUUUUCUUGUCCAAGAUUUAGAAGGCUCUAUUGUUUUUCCGUUUUCUGGAGCCAUCUAGGGUGCUUUGCAUAUGCCAAUAUACUUCAGAAAAAUCUUGACUCUCUGUCUCUAUCUUAAAUUAGCCCCAAAAUUUCUUCUCACGUAUAAUAAAUUUCCCUGUGUGUAGGUAGCUCUCUA